AGUCACUCGCAGCUCUCCCUUUGGGAAUUGAGACACCGGAUUCUGUUUGUGACAAGUUCCCGGUGCCGAUUCUCUGUCCAGCAUUGUGUUCUGUACUGGUUUCUCACCGUUGACUCACACAAGCGGUCUAUAUCACGACGCCUCUCGGGGCCAGCCCUUUCGACACCUGCCUUUCACGAUACCCCACCUCAGACGGACACGAGACAUCGAGUUCACCAUGGAACAAGCCAAGAAGGCCGUCGAGGCCGUCACCGAAGGUGUCAAGAACAUUGCCGUCGGCGACAAGAAAGGAGCGAAGAAGGAGAAGAAGGGUGCGGCUGCCGAUGCGUCUUCCGGCCCUCUCGAGAUUAACCCGGCUCCCGACUUUCUCCAGCACCGUCUCGACCUCUUCGACCGCCUUAAAAAGCGACAAGAUGAGGAACUCGCCAAGAAGCCUCGAGAACCUAUCAACAUCACUAUGCCAGAUGGUAGCAUCAAGGUCGGAACCUCUUAUGAGACCACUCCUGGCGACAUUGCCAAGGGUAUCAGCAGCAGUCUGUACAAGCGCACCGUUGUUGCCAGGCUGAAUGGAGACAAGGAGCAGCUCUGGGAUCUGGAUCGUCCUCUGGAGGCAAGCUGCAGCCUGGAGCUCCUCAACUUCGACGAUGAGCAAGGCAAGAUGGUCUUUUGGCACUCGAGCGCCCACAUUCUUGGCGAGGCUGCUGAGAGACGAUUCGGUUGCAGCCUGUGCAUUGGGCCCCCCAUUGACAAUGGAUUCUACUACGAGAUGGGCCUCCCAGGCGGCGCGGCCGUGCAGACCACCGAUUGGAAGCCAAUAGAGACCAUUGUCACCUCUAUCGUCAAGGAGAAGCAGAAGUUUGAGCGCUUGACCCUGACCAAGGAAGAGCUACUUGAGAUGUUCAACUACAACAAGUACAAGCAACAUAUCAUCAACGACAAGAUCCCCGACGGAACCUCCACUACAGUGUACCGUAACGGCCCUUUGAUCGAUUUGUGCAGAGGCCCUCACGUACCAGACACCGGCAGAAUUGAGUCCUUCGCCAUCAUGAAGAAUUCCGCGUCGUAUUUCCUGGGAGACAACAAGAACGACUCGCUGCAGCGCAUCUAUGGCGUUUCUUUCCCCGACAAGAAACUGAUGGCUGCUCACAAGAAGUUCCUCGAGGAGGCUGCCAAGCGCGAUCACCGCAAGAUCGGCAAGGACCAGGAGCUCUUCUUUUUCCACGAGUUGUCGCCAGGUUCCGCCAUGUGGCUGCCCCACGGUACCAGAAUUUACAACACCAUCCUGGAAUAUCUGAGGGAGCAAUACUGGAAGCGUGGCUACCAAGAGGUCAUUACCCCAAAUAUGUACAACUCAGAUCUGUGGAAGACUUCCGGACACUGGAACUACUACAAGGACGACAUGUUCGUGAUUGACAUGGAGGAGAAUGUCAAGUUUGGCUUGAAGCCAAUGAACUGCCCAGGUCACUGCCUGCUCUUCGGUCACCGCGAGCGGUCACACAGAGAGCUGCCAUGGAGGGUUGCUGAUUUCGGUGUCCUCCACCGGAAUGAGGCCUCUGGAGCUCUUUCCGGCCUGACUCGUGUGCGCAGAUUCCAGCAGGAUGACGCCCACAUCUUCUGCCGUGAGGACCAGAUCAAGGACGAGAUGGCUGACCUUUUUGAUUUCCUGAGGGAAGUCUAUGGCCUGCUGGGCUUGACCUUCAAGUUGAAGCUGUCCACCCGCCCCGAGAAAUAUAUGGGUCAGAUCGAGACUUGGGAUCGUGCCGAGGACAUGCUGCGCCAGUCUCUUGAUGAGUUUGCCGCUUCCGAAGGCGGUGUCGCUUGGACACUCAACCCUGGUGAUGGUGCUUUCUACGGUCCCAAGAUCGACAUCACCCUGGUCGACUGCCUGGGCCGUGAUUUCCAGUGCGCAACUAUUCAGCUCGACUUUAUGCAACCGCAGAACUUUGGUCUUGAGUACAUGACCUCUGAAAGCUCCGCCAAGCCCAAGGAGGAGGUUCCUACCCCACAAGAAGCGCCUAAGGAGGAGACCAAGGAUGGCAAGGUCACUGCUCCAAAGAUCAAGCCUCUGACCCCUGGCUGCGCUCGCCCUGUCAUGAUCCACCGUGCCAUGGCUGGCAGUAUCGAGCGGUUCACUGGUAUCUUGACCGAGCACUUUGCCGGAAGGUGGCCAUUCUGGCUCAGCCCUCGACAAAUCAUGAUUGUGCCGGUUGGAGUUGGUUUUUACCCCUACGCCGAGGAGGUUCAGGCCAUCUUCAAGAAGGAGAAGAUGUACGUCGACAUCGAUCUGAGUGGUAACACUCUCCAAAAGAAGAUCCGCAACGCCCAAUUGGCCCAGUAUAACUUCAUCUUCGUUGUUGGUGAUGAGGAGGUUAAGGGGCGGCAAGUCAAUGUCCGCUUCCGCGACAACACCUCUGCACAAGACCGUGGCAAGCCGAUUGAUAUCGAUGAGGCUGUGGCCAAGAUCCGUAAGCUUAGAGACGACCGUGGCAUGUACAACCCAUUCCCCGAGAUCGUCAAGCCUGAAGCUACCAAAUCCGAGGAGAAGCCUGCUGCUGCCUGAAGUAUUUAGAGAGUCCCAAGGUCAGUGUCUAGCUGGUGACAGGGACGAACAAAUACCACGAGAAAUAAAUAAAUACAUCAAAUAUGACAACAUGAUCUUUUUGUGGCUAAGAGA